UUCAGUGCGGACCUGCUGACUCCGUCUACCUUCGCCUCCUUCAUUCAAUCUCUCCAUCUCUCUCCUCCGCUCUCUGCUAUGACCGCUCACACUCGUGGCGCGUUGCCCGACCUCACCGCGUCCUCGCAGCCCUGGUUGUCCGGUCCGAACGUUACCAUGGACGUUCCUCUGUGGGAUAUUCGUGAUUGAUUGUUUGCCUUUUUCUUUUGAGUUUUUCUUUUUUUUUUUUUUUUUUUUUUUGGUAAAUUAAAGGGAGGAGGGGGGCGUCCGUCCCACUGACCCCCCUCCGCUUCUCUAGACUGAAGCCAGCGUGGAUUUAUUUCGCCGCAAAAUGACGGAUUUGGGAGCCGCGCAGACGCUGCAGGUGAAGCGGACAGUGAGAACAUCCGGCCGGCCAAGACGCGACCUGCCGCUCCUCCUGCUGGUGGGGAUGCUCAUCGGGGAUCUCGCCUCAUCCAAGGCGGAGUCGUGUGGCGGUGUAAUGCAAGGCCUGAAUGGGACCAUAGAAUCGCCGGGGUUCCCCCACGGGUACCCCAACUACGCCAACUGCACGUGGCUGAUAAUCACCGGCGAGAGGAACAGAAUCCAGCUAACGUUCGUCACUCUGGCGCUGGAGGAAGACUUUGAUAUGGUAUCAGUUUUCGAUGGGCAACCGUCGCCCGGCAACUUGAAAUUGAGGUUGUCGGGUUUCAUGCUGCCGUCUCCGAUUGUCAGCAGUGGAUCAAUACUGGCUUUGUGGUUCACCACAGAUUUUGCAGUCAGCGCACAAGGUUUCAAGGCUGUUUAUGAAGUCUUGCCCAGUCACAUGUGCGGCACGCCCGGGCUCAUUCCUAACGGAGUCAUCCAUGGCACCCGCUACAACAUGGGGGACAAGAUCCGUUACAGCUGCGAGUCUGGAUUCGUGCUGGAGGGUCACAGUAUCCUGACGUGUAUCGUGUCACCUGGGACUGGGGCACAGUGGGACUUCCCGUCGCCAUUUUGUAGAGCGGAGGGAGCGUGCGGCGGUACGUUACGAGGCACUUCAGGGUCAAUCGCCAGCCCUGGAUACCCUGCAGAGUACGACAACAACUUGGACUGCACGUGGUCCAUCCUGGCCGAACCUGGGGACACGAUUGCUCUCGUGUUCAACGACUUCCUAUUGGAGGACAGAUACGACUUCCUUGAAAUCAGCGGAACGGACGCGCCAAGUAUUUGGCUAACUGGAAUAACCCUGCCGUCACCCGUCAUCUCUAACAAGAACUGGCUGCGCCUGCACUUCACCUCAGACAGCAACCACAGGAGGAAAGGAUUCAGUGCACAGUACCAAGUCAAGAAAGCAAUUGAGCUGAAGUCCAGAGGAGUCAAGAUGAUGCCCAAUAAGAACUCCAGUCACAAAAAUGCUGUUUUGAGCCAGAGUGGCCUUGCUGGCGAUGUGUGUCCAGACCCUGGAGUUCCAGAAAAUGGAAAGAGGAUGGGCUCUGCCUUUCAGAUCGGCUCCAGCGUCCAGUUUAGCUGCGAUGACAGUUAUGUACUUCAAGGAUCGAAGAGCAUCACCUGUCAAAGGGUGACUGACACCCUGGCGGCCUGGAGUGACCACAGACCCAUCUGCAGAACCCGCACCUGUGGCAGCAAUCUGAGGGGACCCAAAGGCGUGAUAACCUCUCCGAACUACCCAGUCCAGUAUGAAAACAACGCUCACUGUGUUUGGGUCAUCACCGCGAUGGACCCUGGGAAGGUGAUCAAGCUGUCGUUUGAAGAGUUCGAUCUAGAAAGAGGAUAUGACACUCUCACCGUGGGAGAUGGAGGAAAGAUUGGAGACACUCGGCGGGUGCUCUACGUACUGACUGGCUCCAGUGUGCCGGACCUCAUCGUCAGCUUGUCCAAUCAGAUGUGGUUGCAUCUUCAGUCAGAUGACACAAUUGGCUCAGCAGGGUUCAAGGCCAUCUAUGAGGAGAUCGAUCGAGGAGGCUGUGGUGAUCCCGGUGUUCCUGCGUUUGGUCGUCGCAGCGGGGAUCGCUUCCAUCACGGUGACGUUCUGACCUUCUCCUGCCAGUCAGCUUUCGAGCUGGUCGGGGAAAGAACUAUCACAUGUCAGCACAACAACCAGUGGUCGGGAAACAAGCCCAGUUGUGUUUUCUCAUGUUUCUUUAACUUCACGGCUCCUGCGGGGACACUUUUAUCCCCUAACUAUCCGGAGGAGUAUGGAAAUAACCUCAACUGUGUGUGGUUGAUCAUAUCUGAGCCGGGGAGUCGCAUCCAUCUCCUGUUCUCUGACUUUGACUUGGAACCACAGUUUGACUGGCUGGUGGUUAAGGAUGAAGGUCUGUCCGAGCCAACAACGUUCGGGACAUUUUCGGGUAAAGAUGUGCCUUCACAGAUUGCGUCGAACGGACACAUCAUGCGGCUGGAAUUCCAGUCCGAUCACUCCAAUACUGGAAAAGGCUUCAAUAUCAGCUACACAACGUUUGGUCAGAACGAGUGUCACGACCCUGGAGUUCCUGUCAAUGGUCAGAGGUACGGGGACCAGUUUCUGCUCGGCAGCUCUGUGGCUUUUCGCUGCGAUCAAGGAUUUAUCAGGACUCAGGGGUCAGACCAGGUCACCUGCAUCAUUCAGGAUGGAAAUGUUGUUUGGUCUGCAGCUGUACCUCGCUGUGAAGCUCCAUGCGGCGGUCAUCUCACUGCUCCGACUGGCGUUCUGCUGUCUCCUGGUUGGCCCGCAUUUUAUAAAGACUCUCUGAACUGCCAGUGGGUGAUUGAAGCGCAGCCCGACCAUGCAGUGAAGAUCCACUUUGAUAGAUUUCAAACUGAGGUCAACUAUGACACUCUUGAAAUUAGGGACGGGCCUGUGUCUUCGUCCCCAUUGAUCGGAGAAUACCACGGGACGCAAGCGCCUCAUUUCCUCAUUUCCACUUCCAACUCCCUUUACCUAUUGUUCACCACAGACAAUAGUCGCUCUGCAGCUGGAUUCAGCAUCAGAUACGAGAGUGUGAAAAUGGAGUCUGACUCUUGUCUCGAUCCUGGAAUCCCAGUCAAUGGGCGUCGCCAUGGCAACAGCUUCUCCAUUGGCUCUCGUGUGUCAUUUACAUGCGACUCAGGAUAUACGCUGAGUGAUCAGGAGCCAAUUGUCUGUGAACAGAAUCAUCAGUGGAAUCACGCACUUCCCAGUUGCGAUGCUCUGUGUGGGGGGUAUGUCUCUGGAAAAAUGGGCACGAUUCUGUCACCAGGCUUCCCUGACUUCUACCCAAACUCCCUGAACUGCACCUGGACUAUUGAGGUGUCUCAUGGGAAAGGAGUCCAUCUAGUUUUUCACACGUUCCAUCUCGAGGAGAACCACGACUACCUGUCCAUCACAGAAGAUGGCAACUUCCUGGUCCCUGUUGCCAGACUCACUGGCUCUGUGCUGCCCCCCAGUGUCAAGGCUGGUCUCUAUGGGAACUUCAGUGCCCAGCUCCGCUUCAUAUCAGAUUUCUCCAUGAGUUAUGAGGGCUUUAAUAUUACUUUCUCAGAGUAUGACCUCGAGCCGUGUGAAGAUCCUGGUGUUCCGGCAUUCAGCAGGAGAACGGGAUUCAGAUUUCGAGUAGGCGACUCGCUGGCAUUUUCUUGUUUCCAAGGUUACAGACUUGAGGGAGACAGCAAGAUCACCUGUCUGGGUGGAGGAAGGCGAGUGUGGAGCAACACACUACCGCGAUGCAUCGCUGAGUGUGGAGCGACAUCACUUGGACCGGAGGGUGUUCUCCUCUCGCCGAAUUUCCCCUCCAACUAUGAUAACAACCAUGAAUGCAUCUACCACAUCACGACUGAAAAGGGCAAAGGAAUCAGACUCAAAGCUGAGAGUUUUUCGUUGCAGGACGGAGACUUUCUCAAGGUAUACGAUGGAGACAAUAGCUCAUCCCGUCUGCUGGGAAAUCUGACCGGUGAUGUCAUGAUGGGUCAGGUCAUCAAUAGUACGUCCAAUCAUUUGUGGCUGGAGUUCAACAGCAACGCCUCUGGGACUGACCUGGGAUUUCACCUGACGUACACAAGUUUCGACUUGGUGCGCUGUGAGGAACCUGGUGUUCCGAGCUAUGGAUUUAAGAUCCAGGAUGACGGCCAUUAUGCCAACACGUUCGUUCUUUACUCCUGCAACCCGGGCUAUAGUCUCCACGGAAGCAGCACUCUAACCUGUCUCAGUGGCGACAGACGCGUCUGGGACAAGCCGCUUCCCUCAUGCAUUGCGGAGUGUGGAGGUCACAUCACCGGCGCCGUGUCUGGUCGGAUCCUCUCUCCUGGAUAUCCAGCGCCUUACGACAACAACCUUCACUGCACAUGGACCAUUGAGGCUGACACUGGAAAGACUAUUAGCCUCCACUUUAUUGUCUUUGACACCGAGGUCGGCCAUGAUAUCCUGAGGGUGUGGGACGGUCCAUCUGGGUCAUCUGACAGGGGGCUCUUGCUGAAAGAAUGGUCUGGUCCCGCCUUACCUGAGGACAUCCACUCUACCUUCAACAUACUCACUCUGCAGUUUGAUUCCGACUACUUCAUCAGCAAGCAGGGAUUUUCCAUCCAGUUCUCCACAACAACAGCGACGACCUGCAAUGACCCUGGUGUUCCUGUGAAUGGGUCGAGAUACGGCGACAGCAAAGAACCGGGUGACAGCGUGACGUUCCAGUGCGAUCCGGGCUAUCAGCUCCAGGGCCGAGAUACCAUCACAUGUGUACGCAUGGACAACAGGUUCUACUGGCAGCCUGACCCACCAACGUGUGUCGCUACCUGUGGGGGUAAUAUCAGUGGGCCUUCAGGAGUUAUUCUGUCUCCUAACUACCCCCAGCCGUACCCUCCUGGGAAAGAGUGCGACUGGAGAGUCCGAGUCAACCCCGACUUUGUCAUCGCACUCAUCUUCAAAAGCUUUAACAUGGAGCCAAGUUACGACUUCCUGCACAUCUACGAAGGCGAAGACUCCAAUGGGCCCUUGCUCGCGAGUCUCCAGGGCAACCAGGCACCAGAGAGGAUAGAGAGCAGCAGCAACACUCUUUUCUUGGCUUUUAGGUCUGACGCCUCACUGGGCAUGUCUGGAUUCGCCAUCGAGUUUAGAGAGAAACCAAGGGAAGCCUGCUUUGACCCUGGUAACAUCAUGAAUGGGAGUCGGACAGGCCAUGACUACAAACUGGGAUCACAAGUCUCCUACAACUGUCACAAUGGCUACACCACUGUGGGCGAGGACACCAUUACGUGUAUACUGGGGAAUGAUGGGAAGCCUGUGUGGGAUAAAGCCCUUCCCUCAUGCAAAGCUCCCUGCGGUGGACAGUACGGAGGAUCUGAUGGAGUUGUGUUAUCUCCAAACUACCCACUCAACUACACAACCCGGCAAAGCUGCUCAUAUUACAUCACAGUAUCCCCACAAUUUGUGGUGUUUGGUCAGUUUGCAGUCUUCCAGACAGCCAUGAACGACUCGGUGGAACUGUUUGAUGGAGCCAAUGAGAACGCUCGAUUACUCAGCUCGUUGGCUGGGUCGCACUCGGGAGAGACACUGCCGCUGGCAACUUCUCAUCAAAUAAUGUUGCGCUUCAAUGCUAAAAGUGGCCAGUCAGCGAAGGGAUUCCACUUUGUCUACCAAGCUGUACCCAGGACCAGCGACAGCCAGUGCAGCUCAGUGCCAGAACCCCGAUACGGCCGGAGGAUCGGCUCUGAGUUCUCUGCCGGCUCUGUCGUCCGGUUUGAGUGCAGUCCGGGUUACCUGCUGAAAGGGUCCAGCGCUAUCCGCUGUCAGGCGGUGCCCGGCGCCCUUGCGCAGUGGAACGCUUCAACCCCAAGCUGCAUCGUUCCCUGCAGUGGAAAUCUGACAGAGCGCCGUGGAACAAUACUGUCUCCUGCAUAUCCUGAGCCAUACCCCAACAGCCUGAACUGUCUUUGGAGAAUACAUGUCAGCGAAGGAGCUGGAAUCCAGAUUCAAGUGAUAACGUUCGCCACUGAGCACAACUGGGACUCUCUGGAGAUCUACGACGGGGGAGACAUGACAGCUCCUAAAUUAGGGUCAUUUUCUGGAACUACGGCUCCGGCGCUGCUCAACUCCACGUCCAAUCAGCUACUCCUGCACUUCCAGAGCGAUAUCAGCGUGGUGGCAGCCGGCUUCCACCUGGAAUACAAAACUGUUGGUCUCACCACGUGUCCUGAGCCAAUGAUUCCUGCCAAUGGCAUCAAAGCCGGGGAGAGAUACAUGGUCAAUGAGGUGGUGGCCUUCAGCUGUGAGCCUGGAUACACUCUACAGGGUCACUCUCAUAUAUCCUGCAUGCCGGGUACCGUGCGCAGAUGGAACUACCCACCACCGCUUUGCAUAGCUCGGUGUGGCAGUGUGCUGUCUGAGAUGAGCGGUGUCAUACUUAGCCCAGGUUUCCCCGGCAACUAUCCCGGUAACUUGGACUGCACCUGGCAAAUCACCUUGCCAACUGGAUAUGGGGCUCAUAUUCAAUUUCAAAACUUCUCCUCUGAGGAUAACCAUGACUUCCUGGAGGUCCGGGCGGGACCCCAGCACAGCUCCUCUUUGAUCGGACAAUUCAGUGGGUCUCAGACGCCGCCGCCACUGCUGAGCACGACCCACCUGACCAUCAUUCACUUCUACAGUGACCACUCAGAGAACAGGCCAGGUUUCAGACUUACAUACCAAGCCUAUCAACUUCAAAACUGCCAGGAUCCUUCUCCAUUCCCCAAUGGUGACAUCAUCAACAGCGACUACAGCGCCGGGCAGUCCAUCACUUUUCAGUGUUACCCUGGUUACGUGCUGAUCGGCCACACCGUUCUGACAUGUCUGCAUGGCACCAAUCGCAAGUGGAACCACCCAGUUCCGCGGUGUGAGGCGCCUUGUGGCUAUAACGUCACGGCUGAGAACGGGACCAUCUACUCGCCCCAGUACCCCAACGAAUACCCGAACUCGCAGGACUGCUUCUGGCUUAUCACUGUUCCGCAUGGACACGGUGUUUAUAUCAACUUCACCUUGUUGCAGACGGAGCCUGUCACUGAUUACAUCACUGUCUGGGAUGGUCCAGAUGCUUCCAGUCCACAGCUUGGAGUCUUCAGUGGCAACACGGCGUUAGAGUCAGCGUAUAGCACCAGUCCACAGGUCCUGAUCCGAUUCCACUCUGACUUUUCGACCGGAGGAUUCUUCAUUCUCAACUUCCAUGCAUACCGUCUGAAGAAAUGCCCUCCGCCGCCUGUUGUGGACAACGCUGAGAUAAUCCAUGAAGAUGACGACUUCCUGAUAGGUGAUGUGGUGAGGUACCAGUGCUUGCCUGGAUACACACUUGUUGGAAAGGCGGAGCUCAUGUGCACGCUCAACUCCCAUUUGCUGUUUGAAUCUCCCGCACCAACCUGUGAAGCUCAGUGCCCUGCCAGCGAGGAGCGCUCCUCAUCAUCAGGGGUGAUUCUCAGUCCCGGGUUUCCGAACAGCUACCCCAACAGCCAGACUUGCUCAUGGUUGCUGCGCAUGAUCCCAGGUUACGUCAUCAACAUCUAUGUCGAGUUGUUCCACAGCGAAAAGCAGUUUGAUGAGUUGGAGAUUUUCGAUGGAUCCUCUGGUCAGAGCCCGCUGCUGGUCGCCCUGAGUGGAAAUCACUCCUCUCAACUCAACUUCACGUCCAAAACCAAUGAGCUGUAUCUGCGCUGGUCCACCGAUCACGCCACCAACAAGAAGGGAUUCAAGAUACGAUACUCAGCCGGUUACUGCAGCAUCAAUGAUCCACCAGCGAACGGCGGUGUGCUCAACAGAACCAGACUCCAUCCAGGCAGCAGGCUGCAGUUCUACUGCAACCGCGGAUAUCGGCUGGUUGGCAGCGCCAACGCAACCUGCAGGCUCCACCUCAAUGGGCUGUUCCAGUGGGAUGCACCUGCACCUUUCUGCCAAGCUAUGUCAUGUGGCAUUCCUCAGUCGCCUGGUAAUGGCAGCUUCCAUGCCUUCCAGUACACUGUGGGAAGUCAGGUGACAUACCAGUGUAACCACGGUUACCACCUCGACUCUAGCCUCCCAAUAACCGCCGUGUGUUUGGAGGACGGAACCUGGAGUAACGCUGGAACGGCCCCAAGAUGCCUGUCUGUUCACUGCCCAAGUGUUGAGGGUGUGUUAUCCGAGCACAUGAACUACCGUCUUCUCUCUGGUCGGCUUGGAGAGUUCAGCUCCAUGGUGAUGCUGGAAUGCUCCAUGGGAUACUCGCUAGGAAUGGGACAUAGGACGCUUCGCUGCCUUGCCAACGGGACGUGGGAGGGGUCUGAUAACCCAGCAACAUGCAAGAUCUUAUCCUGUGGUGAUCUUCCUUCUCCGCCGUUUGGCACCAAGUUGGGCACAUUGACAACAUUUGGAGCUACUGCAAUCUUCAUGUGUAACCAUGGUUACACACUGGUGGGGUCACACGUCAGAGAGUGCGGCGCCAACGGGCUAUGGAGCGGCACAGAGACCAGGUGUCUGGCGGGUCACUGUGAUUCUCCUGAUCCCAUCGUCAACGGACACAUCAGCGGAGAUGGCUCCAGUUAUCGUGACACUGUGGUUUACCAGUGCAUGCUGGGAUACCGUCUCAUUGGGACGUCAGUGAGAAUCUGCCAGCAAGACCACCGAUGGUCUGGAACAACACCCGUCUGUGUCCCAAUUACCUGUGGUCACCCUGGCAACCCGGCCAAUGGGCGAACAAAUGGCAGCGAGUUCAACCUCAAUGAUGUUGUGAACUUCACCUGCAAUAAAGGUUACGUCCUGAGUGGGAACACACGUGCUCAGUGUCGGCUCAACGGGCAGUGGAGCAGCCUGUUACCCAUCUGCAAAGUGGUGAACUGUUCAGACCCCGGCCAUGUGGAGAACGGUGUACGUCAAUCCGGCAUCCGCUAUCCUGAAGUCUUCAGCUACGGCGUCACCGUGGCCAUUCACUGUAAACGAGGUUUUUAUCUGCUUGGCUCUGCCGUCCUCACCUGUCAACAUGACGGACGCUGGGACAGACCCACCCCUCGCUGCUUAGCCAUUUCGUGUGGUGACCCUGGCGCGCCCCCCAGUGCAGUCAUCUCCGGGAGUCACAGCUGGACCUACGGCUCUCUGGUGCAGUACUCCUGCUCACCUGGGGGAGUUCUUGUGGGCAACGCCUCUCGUUUCUGUCAAGAAGAUGGCACCUGGAGUGGAUCGCCUCCUUACUGCACCGGUUUAAGUCCUGGAACCUGCGGAGACACUGGCAUCCCUCCCCAUGGUGCGCGUUUGGGAGGGGAGGAAUUUAAAACCAAGACCCUGCUGCGUUUCAGUUGUGAAGCUGGCUACACCCUGAUCGGUUCAGCCGAGAGGACGUGCCUGCACAACGGCACGUGGAGCGGCACGCAACCCGUCUGCCAAGCUGUGUCUUGUGGUAACCCCGGCACGCCUGCCCACGGCAGAAUCGUCUUCAACGAUGGGGUUACCUUUGGCAGCUCAGUGGCCUACGCCUGCUGGGAAGGGUUCAAGACAUCAGGCCUGACCACCAGACACUGCACGACCAACGGGACGUGGACAGGACAACCACCUGACUGCACUGUCAUCAGCUGUGGAGAUCCUGGGCCGGUGGCAAAUGGAAUCUAUUUAGGACGUGACUUCACCUUCAACCACUCUGUGUUAUACCGGUGUAACCCCGGUCAUCUGAUGGACCCAGCUGGACGCAACCUUCUCCGCUGCACUAAAGAUGGAACAUGGAAUCAAACCAAACCCAGCUGCAGAGUGAUCCACUGCGGGCCCCCUCCUCAAGUACUAAAUGGCAAAGUGGAAGGAACUGACCACUCGUGGGGUGCAAGCGUUAGCUACAGCUGUUUCCAUGGUUACCAGUUGUCCACUCCUGCUGUUUUGAGCUGUGAAGGGAACGGAACCUGGACGGGAGACGUACCUCGAUGUCUGCCCGUGCUGUGUGGAGACCCCGGCUCUCCUGGAGGUGGAUACAGAGAGGGAAAUGUCUUUUCCUUCCGAUCAGAGGUCAGAUUCACCUGCCAAAGCCCGUACUUGCUGGUGGGCUCUGCUGUCAGAGUCUGUCAGGCUGAUGGGAUUUGGAGCGGACAACAACCAGCUUGCAUCGAUCCAUCCUUCAACAGCUGCCGCGACCCUGGAACCCCAGCGUACGGGAUCCCAGUCCUCGCUCAGGGCUUUCAGGUCGGCAGCAAAAUCUCCUUCAAGUGCCGGAAGAACUACCACAUCCUCGGUUCCACCACGAGAACGUGUCUGGAAAAUCUUACCUGGAGUGGGACCCAACCAGAGUGCAUAGCUCACUCAUGCCGCCAGCCGGAGACCCCCAGUAAUGUUGACAUUCGAUCCAUGGACCUUCCCACCCUGGGGUACACUCUCAUCUACACUUGCCAGGAAGGCUUCUAUCUGGCCGGGGGAUCCGAGCACCGAACCUGCAAAAGUGAUGCGCGGUGGACGGGAAAGCCGCCGCUCUGCAAAGUUGGAGUCAAAGUCAAUCCCAAAAGCAAAGAGUCAGACGUCCAGAAGAACAAGAUCCGAGUUCCAGUGGACGUUUUCUCCUCCAACUCCGAGUGGAGUGGUUUCUAUGAGUAUUUGGGGAAAAGACAAGCCACCAGCUUCACGGUGACGGGGUUCAACGCCAGCAGUGGAAGGGUUAACGUCACUCUGCUGGAAGCCAGCGGCGUGUCCAUCCGACUAUCAGGAACCUACAAGUCAGAAGAAAACCAGCUGUUGUUGAAGGUCUACCAUGUGAAAGGGCCCACAGAACAUUACUACAGCAAGUUUAAGAACGACAACUGGGCCAUGGAUGGAUAUGUGACGGCGGAAUCGGAUCAGAAGACGUUUGUCUACCAGGGUCACAUCCACAGUAAAGACUUUGGCAAGUUCCAUCUGACCAGACAAGGUCUGGUAACCAUCGCCGUGGACCCAUCUAACCCUUAUACAAACAGCAGCUCUGUGGCAGCAGCCAUUCUGGUUCCCUUCUUUGCCCUCAUCCUGUCGGGAUUUGCCUUCUACCUCUACAAGCACAGGACGUUGUCUGCUGACACAGAUGACAAUGAGAGACCAAAAGACACCUGGGGGCCGGGCGGCAGGACACGUCCAAAGGUCCAGUUCAACGGGUACGUCGGCCAUGAAAGCUCCAAUGGCCAGGCGUCGUUUGAAAACCCGAUGUACGACACCAACAUGAAGCCCACCGAGGCCAAAGCCGUCCGCUUCGACACCACACUCAACACCGUGUGCACGGUGGUAUAGUCACACACUCUGAUCAUCAACCAGCAGUGUGGUCCAACAUCCCUGUCGUCUGAAGUGUGUCCUUACCAACGGGACAAACCUAAAUUGAGAAACACGCCAGACAGGUCACUGUGAGCCGUACGUGCUGGUCUUCUGUCAGCAUCACCGGCUCUCAUCCAUCGCUUCCUACUGUCUGAAAGAGCCAUCGAAGGCGUAUAAAUGACAUGAUCAGUUUAAGUGAUGUCAGCGGUUCCAAAGGUUAGUGGCUCUGGGGGCUGCAGACAUCAUGUGGAUGCUAUAAACAGAUCUGGACGUCGCCAUUUGAAAAGUGCUUGUUAACACAAUCUCCAUGCAAAGGGCUACACACUGAAAGAGUUGGAUUGCCCUGAACCCGCAUCCCUUCCCUCCACUGUGGAAUGAGCUUACAAUCUCCCCUGCUGCAGGCCAGACAUGGGUUAGACUGAUUUGAGGUUCAACCCUCAGGGGAAGCACAGAGACUAUUCCACCUUUCACACCUCUCCAGUCGGGAAACAGUAAUUGGCCAUUUCGAAAAAUGUCGAUAUUAAACCUGUGUUGGUAAUGGACCAAAAGAAAGCCGAGGGGGGCCUCAUGCUGGACUUGACAGGACUUGACUUUGACAUCCUCGAUCAGCUCACAAAAGGGUAUGUGAGUGAAACUGGGCGAGGAGUUUGCACAGACAACUGCAGUGUGGUGACAUUUAUGCUCAAGCAAAUGGAGCCGCCACUUGGUUGUGGGCAUUGAGAUUGAAAAUUAGAACCCAAAAGUCAGACGCAGGUGCGACCUGAUGAGUCGUGAAGGGGGAAGCGGAAAGGAGUAUUUGUGAUCGACUUUACAGUCAAUGGAACACAAAAGGCUUAUUUCUCUCGAAGGUCCUCAAUAUUCCGAGCACACCGUGACUCGGUGGUGCACUCUGUUUUGACGACUGGUGGCGCUGAGAAUAGUAAAACAGAAUGUGUCUAUGAGCAGCAAUAGAUUCUCACUGCUCUACUGGAACUAGCUUUUGCAAUGCAAAAAGUUGUCCACCAAUAUUCCACUGCUUUCUUCAUUCUCUUUGUCUUGAUUUUUGAAAGAUGCAUUGAUGUUAUUCUCAAGAUAACAAUACCAUCGUAAAUGUCAUGGGAGCAACUCUCGUAAUUGAAGCGGCAGAUUAUAGUUUACAUAUUUAUAUGUCUGUGAGUUGUCUUUGCUCCGCUGCAACUGAGCUCUGCCAGCAGCUCGACCUCUUCUAAGGCAAGAGUAGGUGUCGCGAGAUAAUGAACUUGUGACAGAUGCGGUACAAGUCGGAGCAGUUAUAUUUGGCUUCAGAAUAUCAGAUAUCUCAUCUUGUGCUGGGUGAAGAGAUUUAUUUUCACCUGUACUCUCCAGGGUCCUCCCUGGGAAACACUGUGGCAGAGUGCAUAAUACAUCCUUCACGGUCCUCCUUAAGGUUCCGCCUUAAGAGGCAGAGUCCUACUCGACUGACUAACGGUAUUUCCCUGCAUAUUUUGCUGCAAAUCCACUUUUUUCAAGUGGAUUUUUGCGUGUAGUACAUCCACGACACAUCCUGAUGCCUGGGCAGCACCAACGGCAGGCAGCAUUUGGGCAUGUCCCUGUGCACCGUGUCCAAACUCCAACCCUCCCUUUUCGAACAUCAGACGGGAGGGGAGAGAUUUGACUCCACUAAAACACCUGUGCGUAAGGCUGACUUCGCAACAGGACUGGACUGGAAUUGUUGUUGAAAAUGUGUUGAUUUAAUUCACCAAGCUUACGCUGAAAGAGCUGCUAGCCUGUGCGAGAGAGUGCGGUGCAUUGUUUAUUUACAACUGCGACAACUGGAAAGCGUCACAGAGAGAUAGGCCUUUUUGUGUGCUCGGUGUGGAAGCCUGACUCACCGAGGUUGAACUCCAAAUGUUGGCCGUCUACGGCUGCGGCUGGCCUCGCGGGAUUUGUGGGAGUUUAGAUUAAUGAGGCUAAAGUGUACCAAAUGAAAUAUUUAGGAAGCUGCCCCACCGGACGACAUGUGAACAAGACGUACUGUAUUUUUAAAAGUUUGACAUCGAGAGACCGUUUUGCUUUUCCUGCGAGCACGACUCCGACAGUGCUGAACCACAAACCCAGACAUUCGUGACGCCCGACCGACGCGCCAGUUUCCCGACUCCUGUCUGACAAUCGGCUGAACCGAUUCUUGUUUUUUGGACUGUUGGGAUUCUGAGCUAGGUGGCUGAACCAGAACAAGCCUGAAGGCAAAAAGCUGUCAAGAUCUUCGACUGCUGCAGCUCUCUGCGGCCAAACCCACAAAACGUCUUCAUGACUUUCUUUUUUUUUUUUGGUGUGUUUUUUCUACCGAGGAUGACGAGUCGAGCAAUGACUGAUUGUUCAUCCCCGACAAUAUAUUCUUCGGCAACAAUCAUCGAGGGGAGAGACACACGGACAGACAGAGACACACAGUCGUUGUGCUGGAAGAGAAGAGAGGUGGACAGGUUGCUAUGGAAACAGAGGCAAAUUGUCUCUCAUUGUCUCUACUGGCAUUUUUCUUCAGUGAAGAUAUCGAUGAACAGACUCUUAUGUUCGAACCCAGUGGCCCCGUGGGACUUUCCCCCCCCAAAAAAACGCUGCUGCUGGGGACCCUUGGGAUAUGAACUUUAUAUAAACUCUUACAAACCGCACAAAUUUUGCACUAGUGUGUUCUUUCUGACUGGGUCAAAUAAUUUGGGUUCGGAAGGGGUUUGAAAAAUUCACAAAAAGAAAUUUCGCUAAAACCGUAUCUGAAAAACGACUAAAUACAGGGUACCAGAGUGUUUGUAUAUACACAUAUAUAGCCCGCACUCCGUGGACAGUGUGGCCGCGCUCUUUUCUUUGAACACCAUUCUGACAUGUGAGCCACCAGAACGUUGGGAUCAGUUUACCUUUGGACCUUCGGCCUUCUCCCUUGUCGCGAUGGCACUUUUGAAACAUUAGGUGUGUUUUCAUGACCUAUGGAGUUGAGCUGACUUCAAGUCAAUGCAAAUGGGAACAUUUUUAAAGAGAAAUUAGCAUUGGUUUCUUACGCCUUAUUUAUAUAGCAAGGCUAACUAGCACUAGACAAGAUCACCGCCUACGAGAGGUAGUGCAUUUUAAAGUCAUUCGAUGAUUCGUACAACUAGGAAUUUCACGGAUAUCAGCAGUCUUUCCGCAAGUCCAUGGUGGAAACACACCUAUUGCCUGUAUCUGAAAGCUUCUACUGAUCGUUACCUUUAACUCAUUGGUUUUAUUACCAGCCCAUGACGCUUCUCCCAACAGUACAAUGUAUCUCGACAGUAUUACACGAGUAACUCAAUUUUUGUGUGGCCGACAAUAUAAGCUUUCCGACACAUUCUGUGAUUGAGGGACUUUCUUUGAAAAGUUGUGUUUGCAACGUCACGCUCGCCCCAUUCAUGCUCUCUCAUUCCACACAACUUUUGAGAGAAAGUCACAAAGCAUUUGCGUGACUCUCACCGACAACUCGCACAAUACUGUUGUCACCACCUCCCCGACCCCCCCAUUUAGAAAUACCUCAUGUGAGAGUGACCUUUCACCCGUUUAAAGCUAGUUUUUGAAGAGGUUUCGUUUUUUUCCCAAAUUAUAAAUAUAUAUUUUUUGUUAUGUUUAUUUUCAAUGCUUUGUUUUUUGUGUGUCUACUGCCUCAUAUGUGUCCUUCGUUGUUGUUUGUGCCUCACAAACGUUUUCACAGUUACUCUGUUUUUAAUCCAAUCAUCCUCAGAAAAUGUUCACACUUUGCCACUGUUUGAACCGACAACUGACACUGCUGCCACAUUAUCGUAAAAAUAAUUAACAUGGCAGAAGACAUGGAAGAUAACGUAAAUUUAGACGCGUCUUUUUAACAAUUUUUUUUUUUCUAUUGAGAAUCUCCCUAAAAAUCCAACUUUUUGAGAUCUUCUCUAGGUGUUUUAUCUCCCAAAAAUUAUUUAAGUCAGUAUUUUUAUAUCCUUGUUUUAUUCCUAAAUUGUGAACUGAGCACCAUUAUUAAUUUUAUUUUGGUGUCUUUUCUUUGAGAUGUAUUUUUCUGCAGUUGUUAUUUUAAAUUAUUUAUCUCACAUUUCUUGUUUUUGUAUUGUAGUGUUAAAAUUGUUUGCUAAGUCCUGAAGAUCAUAACGGAUAGAAAAAGUAGCCAUUUCAUUCAUCCUCAAAUGUUUUUACAAGUAUCUGCUAAAUUAAAUAUACUAUCUUUAAAUAAUACACACAAAUAUCGCACUAUAGUACAACUCAAACGUUAAAUAUGUACUUUGUCGUGUGGUGGCAAAUUAGCACAUCCUGAAGUUCAGAAAAAAAAGGGAAUAGUUUGGGGUCAGAAGCGCUUCCAGAGUUUCCCAGUUUCACGCCCCUGAGAAAGACACAAAGUGCUGUGUCGCAGUCUCGCCAGAUACAUCUGUGCUUUCAUGCUGCGGUUCGUGUCGUGUCUCUGUAAUUGAUUAAAUGAAACCAUUUGAGGUUUUCCACGGUGUCAGAAGGGCAUAAUGGAGCCUGGAAAUGACAGCAGCGAGCUUAAAAUGUGCUCUCAUUUUCAACAUGAAAGGCGACAGCAAUCACAUGGUCAGCUGCAAUGAGGACGUUAAGAUGAGAUGAUUUUUUUUUUCUUUAUAGUAUGUGAAUUAUAGAUUUGAAGACAGCGUCAGACUUCAAACCAUUUUACUGUGAUAAUUUAUACGUCAGAACGAGGCUGAAAGAAUAUCUCUGGUGUAGAGUAAAGGGAAGUAGCGCAGCAUGGAGACCUUUAUAAAUCCUAGACACUCAGCCAUUUGUCGAAAAGAAAACACAGAAACACAAAAAGUAGCAAGACAAAAUGUAAACAGAUUCUGCUAGUUUUUGGUUACAGUUAGCAUCAAUAGCAAACAGUCCCAAAAUACAGUACAAGUCUUGUCACUGACCAGGUUUUAGCGAAUAAGUUGUUUGUUUUGGAAUAUCUCGGGACUGAAUACUAACUGGCCGCAGUACUCCACAAAGACGAGUUUGUACGGUUUGAACGCUGGAUAGAGACGGAUGUCACUAGCCAUUCUGAACAUCAAAGGCAAUAGGUAUUUAGAAACCUUUAUGGGGAAACUAAACUGCUGAACCCAUGACAGGACAUUCACUCACUCAUCUUCAAUAUGGCUGCUGUUCCAAGUAUAAAUCUUUUGGGCAGAAGAUACACUCCUCCCCGCGUCUGUCCCUCUUCCCGCCGCGUCAGCACUCCUCUAUUUCCAGCAAAAGUUAGUUAAAAGUUAAAAAAAAAUAAAUGACCCAUAAAUUUCCCUCCGCACUUCUCCUCACUUUCAAAAAAGCUUCCAUAUUUGUCUUCCGCUUCCUUCAAACCGCCCUGUCAGCACUUUUAUCAAGACAAAAGUGUCCGGGACUCUGCUGGCUGAGAGAAAACUUUUUUUCCUUCGAACUUCAAAUGUCACAAAUGGAGUCAGUGGGGAGGAGACGUGUCCACAUAGAGUUAUAUAAAGAACAAAGCAGAGUUUUAAUUGAAACGUUGGCGUUGUACAUUCAGUGUGAUGUCAUCAGGAAAGAUAAACAAAACAGUGCUUGACUAGGUCCUGAGCUCCCGUUCAACCAAUUGGAACUGGUUCACGGGAUUUCACGACUGCCCCUUUCCCCAGCCACCCAGGGAUCACGAGACAUCCCUGAGUGGGAGUGGAAUUUCAAUCUCUUUAACUUGUCCUUUGAUGUCACGGUUAGUUUUUCUUUAAGACGCAACAGUGAAUGACUGAAGCCAUUAGAUGAAGCUUCGCAAGACUCUUGAACCAGGUCUCUGGCGGAUAAUCAACUGGUUUAUCCAGUUCCUUCACACCUUUUUCAACCACGUACACAGCAGGAUGGAGAAGUCUGAGUUGAACCCUGGUUGAGUGGCGUCAAGUAGUGAUGGGCUGAUGAGGCUUCAUGAAACAGCGUCCUCAUUUUCCGCGCACCGUAGAUGGCGUCCUAAAUGAUGUGAGAUUUUAUUGAAGUGGUUGUUGAACUCCAAAUAUUUUAGAGCAGAGAGUGCCAUCGAGUGGGCUCUGAAAAUGAGGACAAUGUUUCAUGAAGCGUCAUAAGCCCAUCACUAGCGUUAAGCUUAUUGCCUACAUCUAGAUUUGGAAAAUUCCCCGUCACUUUUAGGACGAGACUUAAAGCGAUACUUCCACUCUUCUCUGUCAGCAAGAAGUGAAAGGUGAGGACAGUCUGUUGACAUCAUGCUUUGUGUAAUUGAUCAUUUAUACAUUUAUAAUAAGUCACCCUAAAAUAAAUACAUUCUAACCAAAUAUUAGAUAUUUAUUUUAAAUGGUUCCAAUUUAAUUUAAUAAGUAAUAUUUAUUCAAACAUGUAUGCAAUGUAAAUACGUCACUCACUUAUUAUUUUCAUACUUAAAACGAAAUAAACUAUGACUCACUUGUACGUUUUUGUUUUUAUUAUCUACCUGUUUGUUCUAUAUUUCUCUAUUGCCUUAUUAAUUUCUAUACAAUUUUCCAUUUAAAAGUAUCAACUUAUUCUCACCAAUUAUGACUGAAAAUUCUUAUCAAUUUUAUUGUUCAUUUUCUGUUUUUUUUCUGUCUUGUUUGACACUUUGUAAAUUAAAAGAAUAAAUAUAAAGGCGGACCUUAAAGGCGUCAGAAGGAAACAAUGGUGUCCUGUUGGCCAGAGCUGUGCAGAGGGGUUUGGAGACGAGAUCAGGAGGAGGAAAAGCUGUCGAUGAACAACCUGACCUUUCCAUGUUAGACAUGUUGCUGGAAGCUGAGAAAAACUUAAGCCGUGACCCUGACCUGCUGCUGCUGCAGGCCUGGAACCCCCGCUCUCGUAACACGCUCGGUUUAGGUUUAGGACGACUCGGUUUUACACGUCCAUGUUGAGCGGAUUAGACGCUCACCUGUGGUGGCUCUCACUUCACUCCAACCAGUCUCCACAUCAAGCUCAUUCCUUUUUAGUUCAGAUUUUGGAAAGAUCGAAUCAAGAGCUGGCGCUUGUCCUCAUCCGUUUUUUACGUCCUCCAUCUUCAUCGUCAUCUUCAUCAUCAUCAUGUGCUGCUGAACUUGAAGUAGGUGCAAAAGAAAAAAAAAAACAUUUUGUACAGAAAUCUAUUUUUUAUGAAGCAUUUGUAAAAAACAACAAAAAAAAAUCACAGAAGUUAUGAAAUAUGCUGUACUUUUUAUGACAGAAGAGUCCCUGGAGGUUUCUAUGAAAACACAUGUACAUACCCACCGAAGCCCCUGAUCUUAAAGCGCGAUCGCUGCUCUUACACCAGAACAUCACGGAGAGAUUCUUGGUGGUGAAAAGUGCAUAUUUUUGGGGACGACUGGCUGAGUUGUCAUCAGAUGUACGACGACCAGUCAUGUGACAUCAGAUAGAGGUUGGGAUGUUCUUGUGUUUGAGCACCGGCGAGUGACUGAUCCGAAUCCCUGGGAGAAGGACGAGUUUCCACUUGUGAGGCCUGACUGGAUUUUUCUGAAAUGUGCUACGUUGUGAACGGCCUCCGUCGUCGUGAACCACUCGAGAUGUUUCCGCCCCCUCCCCGCACCCCCUCCUUCACCCCCUUAUGGCGCCAUGAGAGCGAGAGAACACAUGAGCUGUUGUGAACGUGUGAACGCAGCCUCAUGACUUGUUGUCAAAGAGAUUCACAGAUUAUCUAUCAGCUAUUUUGGGAACAUUAUUUGAGAAUAAAGUUUUUUUUUUA